CUUCUCUGAAAUUCUGUUCGGCAGGACAGGGGUUGAAUAGAUGAAGCUCAGCAGCAUGCCCCUCUCUUAGCGUCUGAUAGCGCUAUUGAUCCGAAGAAAGGAGUUAAGUUAAAAGAUCUGGUGACGAUGAAUGGAAGCAAGCCAGACAUGCGCCCGGGCCUACGAUCAUGAGAUCACAACACUUGACAUCACACCUGUCAGCCUGGGUUGGACCAACAGCUUGUCCAGAGCCAGGCCUAGGACUAAUACCAAGCAGUGCUCGUUGUAUAAAGGGCCUGUAAUGUGCACUGUUCUCUCCAGAUCAUCCUCUUUACAACCAGACCCAACAUGUCUUACUCAAUCUCAGUCAGAACCGUCGAUACUACCUCCCUCAACCCCGGUUUCACGCUUGUCGAGAAAACCGUGUGGCACUAUGCCAAUGGCGGGACGUGGACCAACACAGAAUCAAUCCAGACGCUCGUCAUGGGCGGUAGCGGUACGUCUGGUACGCUCCGCUUCAGAAGUGGUUCCGGGGAGGAGUUCCUCGUGGCACUGGGCGUCCACAACUACAAGAGGUGGUGCGACAUCGUCCCUGACCUCGCGCCUGGGGACACGUGCAUGAAGAUCCAUCCCGAGUACUACGUGGAUGGCAACCCUAGGAACGAGAUGCUGUGGAAGCAGCUGGCUGAGAUCCAGAAGAAGAGCAAAAAGGGAACUAAUGUGGAUGUUAAGUACGUCGAGGAGUUUGCCGGGGGAAAGUCCUUCAUCGUUCACAUCACUAUUUCUUGAAUCUCUCGUGCACUAUACACUCUCGUACCAAAGCAGUUGUCGAAAGAUGCAGAACGAAUGUGCUACUAGUAUGUCAAAAUGAAGUUGAUAUUAUGAUGAGUGUUGUAAUUGCGGAA